CUGGCUUGUCACUGUCACGAUUGGUGGUUGGAAUUUAAAAUACCCAAAUAAGAACAAAAUGAUACAAAUAUUAAUCAUUAAUAUUAAUUUAAUUUUGUUUUCGUCAUAAUACACAUACGUAAAAUGUAUAAACUGCAAACCGGAAAUGGUGUAAUGAAUUUAGCAGAUCCUGAACUAGAGUUGAUAGAUCCUACUCCAGACGUGCACAGUUUGUUUUUACAUUUUGAUAAGUUAUUUUUUUGGUCGAAAUUAGCAAACAGGGUUGUGGUCCGAUGGAGCAAGAGAAUGUACUCCUGUGCUGGUGUCUGCUCGUAUGAAUGUCGAAGUCGUUUCUGUGAUAUAGCACUCAGUGAACCUUUGCUCAAACUGCGGCCAAGAAAAGAUCUCAUCGAAACCCUCUUACAUGAGAUGAUCCACGCAUAUCUCUUUGUAACCAACAGUGAUAGGGACAGAGAUGGACAUGGGCCAAACUUUAAAGAACAUAUGUAUAGAAUUAAUAAAUUAGCAGGUGUUAAUAUAAGUAUUUAUCAUGAUUUUCAUGAUGAGGUGAAAUUAUACCAAACACAUUGGUGGCGUUGCAACGGGCCAUGUCAGAAACAGAAGCCAUAUUUCGGCGUUGUGCGUCGGUCAGCAAACAGAGCGCCCGGCCCAUCUGACUACUGGUGGAGUAAACAUCAAAAAACAUGUGGAGGUACAUUUGUUAAGAUUAAAGAACCAGCAAAGACUACAACUACAAAACAAACAAAACCCAAAGAAAAUGUAACUAAGUACAUAAAUAAUAAUAAAGAUAUAUUAAAUAAAAACACACCAGCUAAACCUAGUAAAGGUAUAAAUAAAACUAUUGAAGUCACUGGUUAUAGUAAUAUAGAUAAGUUUGUUUCUCAAGUUGAUAAAAAAGAUAGUGGAAAAACUCUCCAAUCCAACGUUUUAGAGACUGUAAGAAAUGUAUGGACAAACAAACAAUUUCCUGUUAAAGAUAGCAGAGAGUCCAAGGACAUAAAUAAUUCCAAUAUAAAAUCUGAUAACCCAAAGAACAGAAAAACAAGAGAUUCUAUUAUAAAAUCCCCUCCAAGUAAAAUAAGGAAAAUAGAUGAUUAUUUUAAAAACGUAGCUACAACAGUAUUAAAAGAUAUUUAUGGUGAAGAUUUUAAAAUUACCGAAUCAGAUAAAAGUAAAAAACUAAUUGCAUCUAAGAUAAAAUUAGUUAGUUGUCCGAUAUGCAGUGUUCAAAUAAACGAAGAAGAAAUAAACUUACAUUUAGAUGAAUGUUUAAAUAAAGAUAUUAUAGAAAAAAUAACUAAAGGUGAUAUAAAAACAGAAAAAACUACAUCAAUUAGUCCUGAAGAUUUAAAACCAGUUAAUAUAAAAACUGAACCUAUAGACAAAAGUAACGAUCAAAGCCAAGCAUCUUUUGUAGACAAUACUUUCAUUAACAAGACAGUUAAAAUAGAACCGGGUUGCAGUAAAGAUGCCGAUUCAGUGUUAUCACAUAAUUGUCCAUGUUGCGGUAAAAUUAUUGAAAAAUCUGUAGCAGAACAUUUAGAUGAAUGUAUUUCGUUCUUUGAUAAUAAUACUACGAUACCAGAAGAAGGUGCUUCUAGUUUUAUUAUGGACACAAUAGUUAUUGAUGACGAUGAUGUUAUCGAUGAGACACAAACAUACAAUGAAACUGGGACCAAAUGCCCUUGUCCGUGCUGUCUUAAAAUGAUUGAACAAAUUCAUAUGAACCAACAUUUAGAUAUCUGCUUAUCUUCAUAAUAAACAAAAUCUAUAUUUUCUUGAUAAUUAAGAAGAAAUUAUGUGAUUAUUUGAAUAAAAAGACUGAUUGUUGUUGUAUUAAAGUGAUUUUCUUAUUUUUAUUGA